AUGUAUGUGAAAUGGUUUGAUACAGUAAUAUUUUACUAUGUGAUUUUAGUGAAAAUAGUGAAUGUCAUUUUUUGUCAUUUUCAAAUUUCCCGCAGUUCCCUCCCCGUACGUCCCGACACUCGCAGGGGACGGAACCCAGAAGACAGAUGCCGGCAUCCAUCGGAGGACAUUGCUGGGUACACUGCAGGAGGGACAUCGCGGGAGUGCAAGACAAGGUAAGUGAAGAAGAGGUCCCAGAGCAGCGCCGCAUGGUAAGCCCGAGUGUAGCUCGGGGUUACCGCUUGUGCUACACUCGGGAAUACCUCCAGGGAGGCUAC